CUAUCAAUUAUCAUCCACCACGAGACCAAAAUUCAUGGUAGCAAACUACCAGUAUGUUUUUGUGGUGGUCCACAGAUUUAAAGUUUCAUAAGAUAAUAAAGAAAAAAUAAAUUGCAGGCAUGCUAGCAAAAAUAGUAUCAAAAUUUCAGUUGAUCACAAAGCAUGCAUAUAUUUAGAAGUGCUUCUAUGGUCCUUACCAUCAUUAUUUUCCUAGGGGUAACAUAAAUUGUUAAAGCCCUAGAUUUAUAGUUGGUUCUUUGUCACAUAACAUUAGUCUUUGGUCUGUUUUAGGCACGAUAAUGGGUCGCGUGUUGGUGGUUGUGGUGGUGGUAGUGGUGGCGGUGUUGAGGGCCGGUUUUUGUGAAGGUAAGUGUGAUAUAGAGGGAAUAUUUAACUUUGGGGAUUCGAAUACUGAUACUGGAGGUUUCUUUGCUGCAUUUCCAUCUCAAAGAGGGCCUUCUGGGAUGACUUAUUUCAAGAAACCUGUUGGUAGAGCUUCUGAUGGAAGGGUCAUUGUUGACUUCUUAGCACAAGCUAUCGGGAUACCAUUUAUAAGCCCGUACUUGAAGUCAAUUGGAGCUGAUUACAGACAUGGUGCAAACUUUGCAACAGCGGCCUCUACAGUAAGACUGCCAAACACUUCCUUGUUUGUCACUGGUGUCAGCCCUUUCUCUUUGGCCAUUCAGCUUAACCAAAUGAAGGAGUUACAAUCCAGAGUUCUUGAAAUUUCCCACUCUUCUUCCACUAAUGUAUCAACCCCUCUUCCUUCAAAAAGCAUAUUUAGCAAAGCAGUCUACACAUUCUAUAUUGGCCAAAAUGACUUCACUGGAAAUUUAGCAAACCUUGGUAUUGGUGGAGUGAAGCAGUUUUUACCUCAAGUUAUUUCCCAGAUUGUUUAUACUAUCAAGGAACUAUAUGGUAUAGGAGGAAGAACAUUUUGGGUGCUUAAUCUAGCACCUAUAGGUUGUUACCCAGCAUUCUUGGUGGAGCUCCCACACAAAAGCUCGGAUAUCGACGAAUUCGGUUGCAUGAUCUCCUACAAUAAUGCUGUGAAAGAUUACAAUGACAUGCUCAAGAAUGCAAUCCAACAAACCAGAGGAGUUCUCCCUAAUGCUUCCAUUAUCUAUGUGGAUACUCACUCUGUAUUGCUUGACCUCUUCCAACACCCUACAACUUAUGGCCUAAAGUAUGGAACUAAAGCAUGUUGUGGUCAAGGGGGUGGACCUUACAAUUUCAACCCUCAGGUAUUUUGUGGGAACACCAAACUCAUAAAUGGAAGCACAUUAACAGCAACAGCUUGUGAAGAUCCUAGCAAGUAUGUAAGUUGGGAUGGCAUACAUGCUACUGAAGUCGCGAAUAAGCUUGUCACCUUAUCUAUUCUUAAUGGCUCUAUAUUCGAUCCUCCUUUCCCUCUAAAUCGUGUUUGUGACCUCCACCCUAUUGGAUAAAUUGCAUAAGCUAAAUGGCCGCUUCUUAGAUUAGUAUUAGUAGUAGUACUAGUUAUGUUUUGGCCAGAUAAAUUGGUGCAUAGCAUCAAAUUGAAUUAUCAAUAAUGAUGAAUUUGGGUAGUACAAA